UUUGUGGUGUCUGCUGCUCCUUUCAUAGCCGGUUAAUCUGAAAUAUGAACGGUCUGCCACAAGCUAAGCAUUACAAUUUAACGCACUACCAGCAGCGGUAUAACUGGGAUUGUGGCCUCUCCUGCAUAAUCAUGAUAUUGUCGACGGCACAGCGAGAGCAAAUGCUGACCAACUUUGAACAAAUCUGCAAGGAGGAAGGCUUCGGUUCUAGCACAUGGACUAUUGAUCUGUGCUAUACGCUGCUGCGUUUUCAAGUGCGUCACGAAUACUAUACGAAAACCUUGGGCAUCGAUCCCAAUUACACGCAGCACUCAUACUACUCGAAAAUCAUUGACAAUGACGAAAAACGUGUGACGCGCAAGUUCAAGGAUGCCAAAGCGCAUGGGUUGCGCGUGGAGCAAAGGACGGUGGACAUGCAAGUGAUACUAAAGCACUUGGCCACACACGGUCCCGUGAUAUUACUGACAAAUGCCUCUCUCCUCACUUGCGAGAUAUGCAAGCGAAAUGUUCUCGAGAAAUUUGGUUGUUUUCAUGUGUCUUGUAUCGCCCAAAAUACACGCAUGCCCACACCUGUCAACAAAAGGUAUGCGGGCCAUUAUGUCGUCCUCUGCGGAUAUGAUUUGAACGCCAAAAAGCUCUACUAUCACAACCCGGAAGUGCACGACGGACAUAUCUGCCGUUGUCUGGUCGAUGCCAUGGACACGGCUCGCAAGGCCUAUGGCACAGAUGAGGACAUCAUUUUUAUUUACGCGCCCCAGAACAGCACCAAAUAGAUGAAAGCAUGCGGUAUCUAAGCAUUGUACCUGCCAGCAGCAAUUUGUUGCUUUAAACGUUCCAGGCAGCUUCUGCCAGUUGUUAAAUAGAGCGCAGUUAAUCCAGUGAUACAACAUAGCUGCAGUUGCUUGUACCUGCAUUGUUCGCUUUAAACAAUUGCUUUGGCAUUUUAUUGUAAACUCUGUCUGUGUAACAUGCAAUUAUUUAGUUUUUUUAAAAUAAGGUACACACAUACUUGUGUAUAUUUAAGUUAACUUUGACGGCCAAUGUCUGGCGCAAUAAUUUGUUAAUAUUUUAUUUAGGAUAACAAACGUACAUUUAUUUAUUGUAAGCAGCACACAUACACACACACUCACACACACAUUUAACGAGCAUCUGUAAGUGUGUAGUGUGCAUGUAGUUUAGGUAAUGAGCCUAAACUCUUUGGUCCCCCAUAACUAAACAACCAAUUUGUUUUUAGUCGCAUAUGUAUUUAUGUAUGUGUGUGUGUGUGCUGCAUUUAGAGACAAUUUGUCCAACUACAAAGUACCUUGUUCUUUAUAAAUAUAUGUAUAUAAGAGUAGAGUUUAUGUGUCGUGUAUUAUCGUAUGCUAUUAAUGGUAAAAAAAAUACUCCCGUUCAAAUAUUAAUGGCUUGAAAUACAAAUAUAUCAGGUCUGUUACAAA